AUGCCGGCCGAAGUGGUGUUGAUGAUGGACCUGGCGGGGGUCAUCACUACCUCCCCAUUUCCCGCCGCCCGCCGUCUGUGCGAGACGAUGAUGCGCUGCGUGUUUGAGCGUUCCGGGUCUCACAUCAUUGUCGAGCGCAAGGACGAGCGCUCCGUUCCCUUCCUGGCUAAGCAGUACAGCAACUUCUUCUUCACCGUGAUUGAGUUCACGGAGCGCGCGCGCGGGUUGAAGGGCGCCUACGAGCGUCUCGAGUUGGGCGAGAUCAACCGACUCGAGUUCAUCGCCGACUUCACUGCAGAGGUUAACUUUAUGCUGCUGGCCCUGUCGAAGCACAACCGCGAGGAGCUGGACGCGUUAAACAUCGCCUUCCCGCAGCGUGUCGAGGCACUCAAGAAGCGCUUCCCUCUGCUGCGCGACCCGGUGGUGCAGCUGCACAUUAAGGAGCUGGUGGACGUGGAGGCCUUUCUGUGCACCUUGGAGAAGGUGUCGCCCCGCAAGAACGUGCUGAACCUGCUGCACUACCUACGUGCAAAGAGCCAGCAGGAGAUCCGCCUCUUUGCGAUGGGCAACACCUGGGAGUACGAGGGCCAGUACCGACGGAUGGCGAAGGCCAUGACGUACUCAGUGGCCGACACGGUCAGCUCGGCGUUUCCAGUGUCAUGCCCCGUGGAGUACGGGAAGGGCAGCAACAACUACAAGAACAGCUUCCAGGUGACGGGUCUCUUCGACGGGUACGUGCAGAGCUAUGUCUACCACAAGCGCAAGCCCUACCCGGAUAUCUUCAUGCAUGCGCUGGACGAGGUACGGAUUGGCCGCACGCCGACCGGCGAGGCGCUGCGUUACGACAUCAAACCGAACAUCUUCUACUUUGACGAUGUGGAGGCGCACUGCCAGGUGGCGCGGGAGCUUCCGGGCAGCCCCUUUACCGAAGUCUUCCUCAUCGAGGACGGCGCGAGCGAUGUGUACAAGGACAUCAUCGCCGCACUGAAGAUAGUGGCGGAGAAGGACCCGUUCUGGGCCGAGGUCGUCGAGGGUGCGGAGAAAGAGAUUGGUCCGCUCUUUCGGCGGCCCGUGGACCCGAAUGGAAAGCCGAUUUCGUGGGUGACGGAGGAGCUGCACAACUACAACGACAAUCUCCUCUUCAUCCCGCCCCCGCCGAACGAGCUGUGCUCCCCUGUCCAGGUCCUGGUGAAGGACCGCUACCGCAUGGACGACGACGACCAGGAGCGCAUUCUCUUCUACUGCGCCCAGCACCUGCCGCACCUGUUUCCUCUCACCAUCCCGCCGCAGCCGGGGCCGGGCAUGAAACUUCGCACCCAGCCGGGCCUCGCCACCUCUGCUGGCCCCAUCACCUUCGAGUACGUGGAGGGCAGCAAUUUCUUCGAGUCCUAUCGCAUUUCCCUGCGCACGGGCAGUUACACGCUGCGCAUCCAACCUCGCGGACCUUCGCCGUACCUCUCCGCGGACAUUCGCCGCGAGUACGAGAUCAUGGCGCACCUGCAGGAGACCUCGCCGGAGCUGAACGUGCCGGCGACGCUCGUGUACUGCGACUCGUACGCCGUCUGCGGCCGCCGCUUCUUCCUGCGCCGCUACCGCGACGGGGAAAUCAUUCACGCCAUCUCGCAGCUCAUUCAGCCCUGCAUCCGCCGCCCCUACUCGCAGCGCCGUGUGAUGGUGAUCAAUGUGGAGCUGCGCCCGAGGCUGUUCUACAAGCAGAUGAUCAACGCCCUCACCAUCCUGCACAACUCCUCGCUUCCCCCGUUUAUGAAGCAGACCGAGGAAGAGACGCGGCGCAGCAAGAAGCACCUGCACCCCUUGCUAAAAAGCAUCCAGGAGAGCAUUGAGAUGUACCAGCUCUCUCUCACGAAGAGCGGCACGCCGGGCCGCUUUGGCGUCCAGCUGCGCUCCGUCGCCGUGGAGCAACUGUCGAAGGCGCUGCAGCAGUGCUUUGACCAGACGCAGCUCUCGCAGACGAUGGUGCCGAUGCCGGACCGCCUUGUCAUCUUGCACGGCAAUUUCAACCUGUCCUCCGUCAUCUUUACCCACCGGUCGCUGGAGGGUCGGGCCAAGUACCCGCCCCAGCUGAUCGGCAUGGUACAGUUCAAGUUCACUCGUCUCGGCGACCCCCUGAUUGAUGUGGCCACCGCUGCCAUGUUCAGCUUCCUCUCGCAGCCGGAGGGCAUCUACGGCGCGCCGCGGGAUAUUCAGAUGCUCUUCCCGACGCCCAGCGAUAUUCUCGAGAUGUACUGCACUACUCGCGGCUACAUGCAGCACUUCGACCGCCCCCAUCGUGAUGACAUCUUCAAGGUGUACUUAGCCAGUCUGUGCCUGCAGCGGGCCGCGUUGGUAGUGACGGACUUGGUGACGUCUAACGUGCCUGUUGACGGCAACCGCAGCGUUCACUCUCGCUGCAUUGCGCAGGCCGAUCAGCUCGCGAUGCGCGGGUUGGAGAUUCUGCGCAGCCGCAACUCAGCCAAACUGUAA